AUAAUAUCACAAAAAAAAAAAAGUAAAAUCUUUUCAAAGAAGGAAGCAGUGUUGGAAGAUCAGGCGAGGGUAAUCAAACGGUUGAUAGAUAGAGAUGGGGAAAGGAGGGAAAGAGAGAGAGGAAGAUAAAGAAGAGAUAUUAAUGGCGAAUGACUUUUUCUGGUCAUACACAGACGAGCCUCAUGCUUCUAGGAGACGUCAGAUCCUCUCUCAAUACCCUCAAAUCAAAGAGCUCUUUGGCCCUGAUCCCUUUGCUUUCCUUAAGGUUACUGUGGUUGUUUUACUUCAGCUAUGUGCUGCAAUUAUCCUCCGUGAUGCCAGCUGGCUGAAGAUGUUGAUAAUUGCCUACUUCUUUGGUUCUUUCCUCAACCACAAUCUCUUCUUAGCCAUCCAUGAGCUCAGCCACAAUCUUGCCUUCUCCACUCCGGUUUACAACCGUUGGCUAGGGAUUUUCGCUAAUCUCCCUAUUGGUGUGCCGAUGUCUGUCACUUUCCAGAAGUAUCACCUUGAGCAUCAUCGUUUCCAAGGGGUUGAUGGCAUCGACAUGGAUGUCCCGAGCCACACCGAAGCCCAUUUUGUGACUAAUUCUGUCUCGAAAGCUGUAUGGGUCAUCUUCCAACUCUUCUUCUACGCACUCCGCCCUCUGUUUCUCAAACCGAAGCCCCCUGGUUAUUGGGAGUUCAUCAACUUAAUUAUUCAGGUUGCUCUUGAUGUUAUGUUAGUUUAUUUUUGGGGCUGGAAAUCUUUUGCUUAUUUGACCCUUUCAACAUUUGUUGGUGGUGGAAUGCACCCAAUGGCCGGCCAUUUCAUCUCCGAGCAUUACGUAUUCAAUCCUAAACAAGAAACAUAUUCUUAUUAUGGUCCCCUGAAUCUUAUGACAUGGAGUGUUGGCUACCACAACGAGCACCACGAUUUCCCAAGGAUUCCGGGUAACAAACUGCAUAAGGUGAAGGAGAUUGCUCCCGAAUAUUAUGAAGGUUUGGAUUCGUAUAAAUCAUGGAGCCAGGUUAUUUACAUGUACAUUAUGGACCGGAGUGUCGGCCCUUAUAGCCGAAUGAAGAGGAAGAUCUCGAAAAAACCCGAAUAGAUCUUUCCCAUUUUGAUCUCUCUUUCCACCCUUGGUCCCAUUAGGAGUAAUUAUCUUUUGCACUGAAGAUGCAAGACAUUGAUGGUAUAAGGGCCAAAGCUGCCCCUUGAUUGGUUGUGCUUUCAUGGUGUUUUCGUUUUCCAUUUGUCGAUGGCAUCUUCCGAAAGGUACUGAAUUUGUUGUUAAUCU